AUGACAAACAAAUUUUGUUGGGUUGGGAGUCGGGAUGAAGCGCCGUAUGUUUUCGUCCUGAAAUGCACUUGCGCAGUUGAAAGUCCUGCAUCCAGGGGCUUGGCGCAGUGCGGCGGUACCGCAGAGUCGCCGAAGCUACCCGACAGGACUGACGUAACGCACGAGAGAAAAACGUAUAUUUGUGGCAAUGGAGGGUGGAUGACAUUGGCUUUAGUCCUCUUUGGCUCCCUACUGCUGUUGGAUAGCAGUGGGGAGCCUUUAUCGCCGGGAACUGAGAAAUAUGGCGAAAAACCAGAUGAAAAGGCGACGAAGGGGGCUUUACUAGUGUAAAUGCAAGCACCCCUUCAUGAUCCAUGUACCGACCCCUCAAUCUAAUAGCCGGGACACACUCAUCAAGAACAGCUGAGAUACGUGGAUCUAAAACAACAAUCAUAAUCUUCUUUGAGGCUGGACUCACAGCUUUUUCUGUAGUAUGCAACGGUACACAUUGAAAAGAUGUGUAUACGAAUUAUUGAUGUAGUACUCUGUCUCCUAUCUAAGCUAUUAUUGUUCAUGCAAUAAAUAGCACUUCAAUGGA